AUGAAAAAUAGUCUCAAAUUAUCUCGUUAUUUACCACAUCAUUAUCCUGAUAAUAUUUACAAUGAUUAUCCAGAAGCCAAGCAUCCAUCGAUAUGUGCCGGUUGUAAUUGUCAAAUCUACGAUCAGUAUCUGUUACGAGUUGCCCCUGACCUCGAAUGGCAUAUUCAAUGUUUGAAAUGUUACGAAUGCGGUCAGUAUCUCGAUGAAACUCGAACAUGCUUCGUCCUCGAUGGCAAAGCGUUCUGCAAAUUUGAUUAUAUACGGUAA